AUGCAAGCAGAUCGCGUAGAGCAGCAGGGAAAAGCAGGAAAUUACAGAGGAGCGCAUGCUGGAGACGAAUUGGCCGUCGGCGCGAUGGCAGCGGCCCUGGUCAGGGCAUGCUGGCGCGGCAGACGACGCUGA